AUGCCACCACGUCCCUCCUCAUCCGCAAGAAGCCUUCAUGGGUCCUCUCAGAGCCAUUCACCAACGCCACCCGUCGCAGCAGAAGAUCCCUUGAUCGAAUCUGUUGAUCUCACUGGCGUUUGCAACAGUGAAGCCCUCUCCGCCGCCCUUGCAAAGCAGAGAGAAGACGCCAUACUGGCUCAGAACCCCGGAACGGACAGCGGUCGCACGUCACUCACAGCGUACAAAUGUCCGGUGUGCAUGGAUACACCUACCGAUGCAACGUCCACGGCAUGCGGCCAUGUCUUCUGCCACCGUUGCAUUGUCGAUACCCUGAAGUGGUCUGCCGAAGCACGACGAGAUCAAAUGCCUAUGUCGCGGAAGCCCAAAGGCGUGUGUCCGGUAUGCCGUAAGCCUUUAGAUGUGAAGGAUACCCCAGGAGUCGGGAGGGGGUUGAUUCCUCUCGAGUUGAAGUUGUUGGUGAGGAAGCGGAAACGAGAGGACGACCCGGACGAGAAUGGCCAGGGAAAGGGGAAGGGAAAGGGCAAGGCUGAAACACCGACCGUAAACGAGCCAUAUUGGGAAUUCAUCAACGACGAUGCUUAG